AGAUCACAACUGCAGCAAUGACCCACACAACAAUGAACUUCUACAGGAAGAAUGUGCAUCGUUAACAAUCCAUUUUGCUGAAACUUCUAAGUACCACGUCUGUCACUUUUAAAGGUUCUAUUCUGCGUAAGGAUCUGAAAAUAACAACAAAAUGAGUGAGGACGAGAAGAAAGUGAAAAAGGAGAAAAAGAAAGGCAAAAAAGAACGAAAAGAAAAACCCUCUGGUAGCGCGACGCCUCAGCAUCAACCAGAACAACAGCCUUUGCUUGGAAUCGUACUACUCUACUUUCAGACGCAAUUCCAAUUCAUCAUCUUUUCCAACACUGGAGAUAUGAGGGAUAGUCCUCGUCUUGAAAUCAAAACCAUAAUUAAGAAUUUCGCUUACGCUUGCGCUUGGCUCGCCUACUAGACGACCUACAACGAACUUAUUAAAAUUUGAUGCCGAGUACUUCUCGUGUUAUUGUUCUAGGAACAACACUUGGCAGUCGCACUCGCAGUUUCAUUUAAAAGAAAACAUAUUUACACUACGCACAGCCUGGCGCGGGAGGUGGCUUCGGUCAGCAUGUUUUUGCGCAGCAUGGUUUUCCGGGUGCUGCCUCUUACCACCCAGCGUACGAGUGGUACGCUGCACACGGCUGGGCCCCUCCGAGCCACCCUUUAAUGGCAGCUCAACAUGGUUAUGAUGGGAUGCGCGUUGAUUUUGAAUUUUGAUGCAUCAAGAACUAGAUGAUCUUCUCAAGUAGAAAGAAAUACAACAAUGUAUGACUGCUACUUGUGAAUCAUUGAUUCUAAUUUUCUAACUCAACCUCAAAGAGUCAAUCUCAAUUGAGUCAAUGUCAAUACUCGAUAUAUACUUAAUAUUUAUAGGUUAGAUGAAGAUGAAGUACAAGCUGAAGCUUGACUUUGGAAUUGGAGAUGAUCCCUUGCUCCUUAUGAGACGGGAUCCACCACGAGCUAGAGCUUCCUCCUUUAAUCCCUCCUCCUCCCCACGACUUACCCCCAAUCAGCGCCAUCCUUUCAUAUAUGCGGGUCUCCCGUUGACCAGCAUUUCGCCUCAGCGAGCAGUAGCAGCGCCUGUGGCCCUUCGUCUAGUGCAGCUACAGGCAGCGGCACCACCGAAAGAACGCGCCGGGAAAACUAAGGCUGAAGACAAACAAUCUUGUUGUUCUAGUAGUCAUAGCAGUAGUUGUAGUCCUCGGGGAUGAAAUGUUAGGCAAGCUGCCGACGAAUAGAUUCGAGUCGUCAUGUAUGGCGCAUGAUUCCAGAAUCAGACUUUUCAUUUCUAAGGCCAAAAGUCAAGAAAAAACGAUCGCAAAGGACGAGACUAUGAGGACCAAGGCGAGAGAGAUCGUGAACGGGAUCGGGAUCGAAACGAUAAAAAGUAUGGCAUUGAGCAUGGUUCUAGUAGAGGGUCGUAGAAGUUGCGGGGCCGGGGCGACGACGCGUUUUUUCUUACACUAUUUGAGCUCGACCUUACUCACUCACUGCCACUGGAGAUCUUGACUCAUCAUUGACGAGCUUCUAAUUUUAGAGUAAGAAGAAGAGGCGAAAGCGGGCGCGCGAGGCGAGCUCGGACGACUCAAGCGCAGAGGAUUCCAGUGAGGAGUCUGAGGAGUCAAUAGCGGUGGCAACAGUUCCUAAUCCCUAUGCGCGAUAUGCUCAUGGGAAGCAACCACCACCAGUGUCAGGCGCACCUAUUCUUAUGUCUCUACUUCAAACAACAAGAUGACUUUCUAUGGUAAUUUCAACUAGAGACGAACACGAAUGUCGUCAAAGGACUGCUUUUCUCAUGUUGAGGAUCAUCCCCCUUAUUUUCAUCUGCAGAGUGAAUUCGUAGCAGCUAGCACUUCGGAAUCCAUGGGGUGCAGCGCUUGAUUCGGAUCAGAGUCACAUAUUAUUCAAUUCUACGCGCUCGCGCUUUUGUUUUGUCUCAGUCUUUUUCUCUGAAAAUGUUCGACAGGAGGAAGGGGUUUGUGAUUUAAUUCUUGUCGGCCUUCUAAGCUUCCACGCUCAGGCGAGUACACAAGUGAAAAGCUCGAAGCUAUUGGGAUUCAUGAAAAUCCUGAGCUCGCAGAGGGUCUCAUGGAGUGGGUGGAGGAAAAUAGGGUACUAAUACAUCGAUAGCUCGUCACGUCUUCGUCUACUCUCUGUUCCUAAACUUCCACCAAGCUUCUGGUGUGCUCUGGUUGCUUCUGCCUUGAGCUUGGGUGACUUUCGACCUUUUUAUAAAAGAGGAAAAUGAACAAUUUGCUAUUGUUUCGUUCCAUAUAAUACUCAUUUUUGUUCGUAUUUCUAACUGACUCCUUUCUUGUCCUCACAUUCUCAAUAGAUUGAUAAAGACGCCUUCGUCCGCCUGCGGUGUCUCACUGUUGAAUUUCAAAUGAAAGUGAUGCAGAAAGGGUCAGUUGCUGAUGUGGCCAAUCCAUCGAACGUUUUGAUUGCCAGAAUCCGGGACUUUCUAAAACAUCCUGUCUUGGGAGCUCCAAGACCCACCAAGAAAAAUCGGACCCAUGAGCCAUCGCCAGAAGAAAGGCAGCAUCAGGAAGAUGGUAGAGUGUUAAAGAAUAUUGUUUUGAUAGAUAGCGAUAGUACGGAUGUCUAGUGCAUGUGCUGCAACUACUUACCGUUAACACUACCAGUUGUACUUCUUUUUAGGUUCUUUGUAAUAUUACUUCUAAUAUAUUGAUGAAUUAGAUUUAGAAUCCCCUGGCUCGUCUUCAUCCUCCUUGAAUUAAGGGUUAACCAAUUACAUCCCCCACAACCAUUCCUCACUCUUUUUCCAGUAGGAAUAGGAAAGAGGUGAGGGAUGUUCUGAAGAAUGUAAUUCUGCAACCUUUAAUUGAAGCGUCGCAAUCCCUUCCGUUCUUCAACACAACCAUUUCAGUUCGGCAAUUGGAGAUCCAGCACCGACACAAUUUGCAGGUCGAGUUUAAUCAACAGAGAAUGCGUGCACGUUUUGAGGAAGGUGAACAUACCAGCUGGGGAGAGAAAAAAGGCCAUAAAGGUAAGGACAAAGACAACCAUUACAAAGGGACCGACAAAGAUGCAGGCAAAGGCGGCGACGGAAAGUGUGGAGGCUGUUAUGAUCAACAUGCAUGUAAAGAAAAGAUAUGUACCACUGUUGGUCAUUUGAAGAUGCACAACAACAAAGAACAGAAAACAGUCAAUGAAAUGGAUCAUACCACAUUUUCAUGAGGGAAAUAGAAGGACUUGCACGUCGUAGCAGUAUCUAUUAGUACUUCUGGUGCCGGUCAGACAAGCUAGGAAAAGUAAGUAUGCAAACUCUGACAUCUAAACAAGGUUCCCUGGAAAAAGUGGUUUCCGACGUGGCGGCGCUUGGGGCCACGCAGCAUCCACCCCAGAAAUGAUCGGACCAACGCUAUCGGAACAGCAAGAUGAGCAGCACUAUCAUGGCAAAGGCAGAAAGGGAAAUAAAAAAGUUAAGGACCUCCAUGAGAACUACCUCUACCAACGAGAGCGACUCAUUUCAAUUGAUAUAGAUAUAUUUAUAGAUAUAUAAGUCUUUACACCCAUAAGUACAUGAUCUACAGAAACUGAAACAGAAUAUCAAAAAAAGUAUUAUGGUCAAUAUUGUUCUUGAGAAGCUACUUGUUUUUCUGGAGCUUUUUCUUUUUCUAAUGCGUGAUGGUUUCAUCAUAGGAACGCCCUGACAGAGGCCCCGCAUGAUCCGAUGAGUGCCAUCAUGGAUCAAAGCACAUCUUCGGAAACCUUAACUCAGUUAAGGCUACGCGUUCACAAAUCUUAAUUAUAUCUAUUCUUUGAUAUUAUACUCACAAACAGCAUCUGCUUCUGCAUCACCAUCACCAUUAUAUAUGUGUAUAGUUUUUCUUAGGAGCGUCAGCGACGAGGCUACGAUAAAGAGGUGCGAUUUAGAAAUACUAGAAAAGUGAAGAUUCCUCAUAUUCAUCAACCAUAUCGAGCCGAAAUAGUUACCACAUCAACACUUCGUACGAUUAAUAAGUCAAUGAAUCAACAGAAUCGGUCGACCUGUUCUAAUGUCUCACUUUGUCGCUGCCGGAACUACAGGUCGCCACAGUGCCGAAGAUCAACAUAGAGCUGCAAUUCCAGCAGGAGGAGGUGGCAUGUCAGGUAUAGGGGACCCUGGAUCUCAACAGCCGAAUGGUACACUAGUGCCCGCUAUUAAUCAUGGAGCUGAUUCGCAGCCACCACACCAGCAAAUAGGCGCAAUAGCACCAGGUGCACCCUCUGUCCACACACCGACGUCAUCUUAAGGCUUGCGACGUUUUGCGUCUCUGUCUGUCAGUGUUAGCAGGGUUUCUUUUGUGGCUCCUGCGAGUUUCUAGUACAUCAACCUCUAGUACUUACUGCUGUUCUUGUGACGAAUUCCUAAACAACAUUUUCUACAAAUUUGUACAACAACGUGUUGAUGACAGAGGUAAUUGUCAACUGUCGACAUACGAACGCCAAUACGCAGACGCAACGUUGAUUGAUCCUCUAAGAAGCGUCGUCUUCAUCUAGUGCACGCUUCGUGCAACCUCCUCCAGCUCCCCAUGCCUAUCUAGUUCCAGGCCAGUCCCUAGCUCCUGGGCACCAGCUUGCUCCCCCACCGAAGGGGGUCAUGCUGAAGGGUGGGAUGCAUUGGGCAGGCCCGCAACGCUUGCCAGGAGGCGUGCACCUUAUCAAAGGUGCUCCUGCUCCAUUACCACACGUUGGAGGAGCAGCGCCGAUUUACCCAACCACGUCAGCGCCAACAGGCUUGUCUCUCCUCACAACAGCAACACUUAAGGCUACUUAAUAAAAUUUUCAAAGAAAGGCGUAAAGUUCUCGAGUUCCACUUAUGGUUAUGUGCGCCUUAUGAUAUAAUUGUGCUCCACCACAUCUUUAUUGUUCAGCAGCUUCAGUGGUUGCAGGUUUUUCAUUAUCGCUUUUUCAACAAGAGGCCCUCUAGUUCUAUUUUUAUGACACGAGAGGGUUCACCUCUAACGUAACGACGCCAGGAGUUAUGGUUCCUCACCAAAGUGGAGGUUCUGGUGGCAGUUCAGCACACCGGGAAUUUGGGAACCGCUGAGCCUCAGCAGUAAUAAGCACGUGGAAGCAGGUGAACAAGAAAUCUUCUACAACGCAAGAGAGGGAAAAGAUAAAGACCGUGGAAUAAUCAUACCGAAAUCUAACGAGCAUGUUUUUUUUGGAGCAUCGCCAUAACAGCAACACACUCUGAUUCACUUCUACUCCCGAGCAUUAAUUAGGACGCAGCUCAUCAUAAUCAUAUCAACUAUGUUGUAUCCAAAACGCGGGAAAGUAAAUGGAUUAAAUUGUGUUGACACCAGAUGCAUUUGUCGUAUGUUUUCUGCUCCCACCGUAUUGUGGGCGGGGGUAUGAGUAUGUCUUAACGGUUACCUUUAAUGGGUAUAAAUGUUACAUAGUUGUCUUGGGAAUCGUGAUAUUAUGAUCAGACCGCCUUUGAAAAAGUUCUUCCAUGAUCGGAUGACGGCUCUUUAGUUGAAAUAGGCGCAUUUAGCGUCUUAAGGAUACCACCUCGUGCACCCAGUGUCAGAAUCCCAAGUCCCAUUGUUUACGAUUGAUUGUCGAUCAUUUUUCAUCUUGUGCGCAAAUCCCACCUGCUACGGGUGUCCACAUUUCGCUGCAGCUAGAUCUGUUUUUGAAACCGUGGGGAAAUUGAGGUUGCCACCGUCUGAUUUUGCUAGUUUUCUGCCAUUCACGUUUCAUGUCUUCACAGCAUCAAAGCAAUCAGCUAUCCGAGCUUUCAUGAGUGAGCGUUUGACGCUUGUUGAUGUUGUUCAGAGCCACGCACUCCCGAAAAAUCACACAUCGAUUACAACUUUGACCGAAAUUGGAGAAUAGCAAGUCUGAACUCAGCGGGAAAAGACCGUAGAUGAU